CGCCCAACCCUAUUUUCACCAUCUCUUGCUGAAAUGGCGUCCAGUUCAGGCAGGAGGCGACGGAGGAGUGGAAGUGGCGAUCGUCCUUACAUGGGAGAGCAGGGACAGAGCAACACCAAGAAAACUGAACUAAGGAUCGUCCUUCUGGGGAAAACCGGAGUUGGGAAAAGUUCAACAGGAAACACUAUACUGGGACAGAACAGAUUUGAAUGUAAAAAAAGUUUGAACUCUGUAACAAAGCAAUGUAAGGCUGAGGAGUCAGUUGUUGGAGGCAGAACUAUAACUGUCAUUGACACUCCCGGGUUUUUUGACACAACACUUCCAGAAGAAGACAUGGCAAAAGAGAUGGCAAAGAGUGUGUUUCUGUCUGCACCAGGACCUCAUGCAUUCUUAUUUGUACUUCCAGUAGAAAGAUUCACAAAGCAGGAGGAAGAGGUAUUGAAAAAAAUUCAGAUGAUGUUUGGUGAUGGUAUGCUGAAAUAUCUUAUAAUCCUCUUUACAAAUGGAGAUGAUAUUGACCCAGAGACAUUUAAGUCAGAGGUAAAUGAGCACAACAUAUUAGGACCGAUUUUUGAGAGCUGUCAGGGCAGAUUAAACAUCUUCAACAAUAAAGAUCAGAAUAACAGAGAGCAGGUGAAUGAUCUACUGCAGACGAUUGACACAAUGAUAGAGCAGAAUGGAGGAGGACACUACAGUAAUCGGAUGUUUGAAGAUGCUGAGAGAUUCAGACGAGAGGAGAAAGAGAGGAGAUGGAGAGGGGAAGAGAGGAGAAAUAGAGAGAAAACAGAAGACUUUGAUAUGGAGAUUUCAGACACAGAUCCUCUGCUACAGGACAGAAAGGGUAGUGAGUCAGCAUUUGGUAAAUUCUGGGAUCUUGUCAAACAAUUUUUUAGGAAUAUUGCAAAAAAAGCUCGUGGAGAAAAAAAAGACAAGUAAUUCUAUGCAGUAAUACUCAACAAUGGGGAUAACAACAAAAAGCUUCAUGCUGCAGUGCAUUCUGGGUGCACCAAUCAAAACUCAUCCAUGGCUCCCAGCAUGCAUUGUGGCAUGAAUUAUAGUAGUUUGUUUUUUUGAGAUUUGUGUGAUCAGUAUUGUUGUCAAAGUGCCCAGUUUAAAAUAUUUGCACAUAAGAUGUUUUGGAUAUUCUCAGUUUGUGUCAGUGUUACUCUUUCUCUCACAGCUACCUGUAAAUUUGUGUAGUAAAAAGAAAAUAUGUUCAUUGUUCAGUAGGGCCGCAACCUUUCUACUGUUGUAUUUGCUUUAAAAUGGUCAUUUAAACUGUAUCACUGUACAACAAACAUUUGCAUGUCAUAAACAGACAAUUUCAGCUGA